ACCAGGGCUGGGAACUUGUGAAGUCAUAGAUGGGGAAAGUCACGUGACGCUCUGCUCUCACCUGUGGCUGUUAUUAAUGCUUCACCUCUGGGGUUCUUUAAAUCGAGCUCCUAACACGGAUCUGACUCGAAUUUCUGUCAUUUUUUUUAAAAACCUCCAGAGCAACGUGACAAUAUCCGACGUGCAAGUUAGUGCCUGAAAGCGUGCGUUUUUAACAUGCACAAACAGGCGCUAACUGUCCAUUCAUCAUGACCAGGAUUUCUCUUCAUCUUCUCAAUGUAAUUAAAUGAAUGUAGUUAAAAACAAAUGAGCUGAAGGUGCUGAGGAUGUUCCCCCCGAGAGAAAACCGCUGUCACCGCUUCCAGGCCAACAUCUUUAACAAGAGGAAAUGCCAGAACUGCUUCAGACCUGCUGAAUCCCACACACUCAGGGAAUCUGAUUUACACGCAACGAAACCUGUGAAAGCUGGGUGGCUUCUUUUAGCACCAGAGGGUAUAGACUUUCUGAAUCCUGCUCAUAAGAACCGGAAAUGGCAGCGACGGUAUUUCAUACUGUAUGAGCAUGGGCUUCUGCGCUACGCUCUGGAUGAGAUGCCUGGUACUCUGCCCCAGGGCAGUGUGAACAUGAGUGAGUGCAGUGACGUGCUGGACGCCUCAUCCCAGACCAGCUUCUGCAGCAGUCUACGCCUAUGCUUCAGUGACCGAGAUUAUUAUAUAAGAACAGAGAAUGAAGAGAACAUCACUGGGUGGCAAGAAAACCUGCUCAUUCACACAAAUGCUGCAAAAACAAACCAAAAGAAGCGAAGGAGAGAGCAAGCAGUCCCACUGCAUAACCUAAAGAAGCACACACUACCUGAAAGAAACCAGGUGUCUGAUGGAAGUAAUAGCAGCUAUAUCCUGAACACCAGCUGCAGCAGUGGUAGCAGAAGCACCAAGAAAAGAAGCCCUGAAAACAGUAGAACCGCUAACAGCAUAAUUAUUAAACAAAGUGUUAAUAUUGGAGAUCUAAACACCAGGAUUGGUGCUGAAGGCAUUAGUGUUGGUCGAUGUGGUAGUAAAGACACAAGCAGCAGUGAUAUGGAGGGUGUGGAGGUCGGUUGUCCACUCUCUUCUUCUCCAGGGGCGGGGCAUCACAAGGAACCCAAGGAGCUCAAUGGGAAAGGAGGAGUCCACUCCAGCAGCAGAAUGAGCCGUGCCAACUCUUCGAAUACCUCCUCCAGUAGUUCCUACCUCUUCUCAACGCUUAGUCAACUGCCCACUCACUUCAGCACAAACGCAGCUAAGAGCCGUGAAGGCGUAGAGAGUGGCUAUUCUUCUCUGGAGAAAACAAGAUCUGAUGCUGAGGACACACAGACAGGCCCUGACAAGGACUACAGGCGAUCACAAGUGAUUAGUCAGUUUGAGCAGGAAAAUGGGAUGUAUAUGCCUGCCAGAGAGCAGUGUUCCUCUUCAUCAAUAUCCACCUGUUCUGCUGCAGAAUAUGAUCAAGACGACAGAGCAAAUCACAGUACAACACGGGCGUUUGCUCGUGGUCAUGGUGCAUCUGGUGUCUCUGCUUCCACCUGCCGACGCUCCAAAUCAUUGGAGCGCAAUCUGGCUGAACACACUCCCACGCCUGACUUGUUAAAUUUUAAGAAGGGAUGGAUGUCAAGAUUGGGAGAAGAUGGAAAGUGGAGGAAGCAUUGGUUUGUUCUCACUAACCAGAGUUUAAGAUUCUACAGAGAUUCGGUUGCUGAAGAGGCUGCAGAUCUGGAUGGUGAGAUCAACCUGUCCACCUGUUAUGACAUCACAGACUUUCCUGUGCAGAGGAACUAUGGCUUUCAAAUUCAUACUAAAGAUGGAGUUUUUACACUCUGUGCAACAACAUCUGGGAUUCGCCAGAACUGGAUUCAGGCAGUUAUGAAGAAUGUUCAGACAUCUGUUGCCCCUGAUGUCACAUGCUCUCUUCCUCAAAAUGUGCCAGUGGGCAUGGUUUCUGAAUGUAGAUUUCCUUUUGCUUCAAACUCCUCAUGUUUAGAGGAGGAGAAGAGGAGCAGUGUCAGUGAACGACGCAGGGAGGGGCAUUACAAAACCUUUGACUGGGCUGAGUUUAGUCACAUGCGGAAGAAAAGGGAGACACUCAGCAGGCAUUCAGGAAUAGAAUCAGAGUUUGUCUGUGGUGACUCCGUGCCCCCUGCACCUGCAUCAUCUCCUGAAGACCCUGUCACAAGCUCCAUUACAGUGGUGCAUACUGAGGCGGGCGAGGCUCCACAUGUUACAAAGACCACAGACUCGUCACCGCUCAUGGUGAGAUCCAGUAUUGUCGCCAGUAAACCAAGUGAUCAGAAGAGUACAGAAGUUGGUGGUGUGGAUUUUUUUAAUGACAUUUCUAAUGCACAGAUGGAAGAGAAGAAAGAGGCUGAUCUUUACACCUCGCCCUCACCAGCCACAUUUUCCUCAUUGUCAGUGCAAACAGAGUGGCAGUGGGAGCUGGAGCUUAAAACGCUCCACAGGGAACUGAAGGCCAUGUAUGAGAGAAGUGAGAGAGAGAGGAGGGAGUAUAAACUCUCUGAGGCCCGCCUCCAGACUGAGUUGAUUGGCAGUCUGGACUGCCUACAUGAAACAGAGUCAAAACUGCAGAAAACUGAAGCCACCCUGAGGGAACGAGAGAGUGAGCUGGAGGAAUUGCGAAGUUGUUUGGAAGAAGUUUCAGAACGUAUGAAGGCUGCAGAGGAGGUGCAGGCUCUGAAAGAUGUUCGCCUACAGAGACACUUGCGCCUUCUGGAGGAGAAUCAGGAAAGGGAGAGGAGGAGUCUCAGUGAUAGUCUUGAGCAUGCAGAGAAGCAUGGGAAGGAACUGGAGGAGAGGCUUAUGCAAACAGAAGCGAUGCUGCAAAAGAUGCCAACAGGGGGCAUAGUGGAGCAGUUGGAGAGAAAGUGCCAAGAGCUGCAGAACCAGCUAGAUGAAUCGGACAGCGAGUUGAGUAGGUUGCAGGCACGGCUUCAGAAUGAGGAGACGCUGUACUAUGAUAUGGAGCAUAACUAUGAGCAAGUAUGUGAGGAGUUGGAGUUGGUGCGCGGCACAUUGCAAAACUGCGAGAGGGUAUGUGAAGAGCGCUUUAGAAUCCAGUUGGAGCAGCAACAAGAAAAGCUUAAUAGGAAGGAGCGGGAGCUGCAAGAAGUGUUUCUGAAAAUGGGUUGCUCGGGUGCGACUCUGGAAAUGUCUGAACACAUGUGGCUGAAAGAUGCCUGCCACCAUCUUCAGGAGAGCCCAAGCACUGGGGAGAAGGUCAGGAAUUUUGGGUUUGGUGAUUUGGGGAAACAACCAGUUGCACAGGGAGAUGAAUCAGAACAAGUAAUCUCUGUGAUACAAGCAUUGGAAAGCAAAUUGUGUGACACAGAGGAGAGGCUUCAGGAGAUCAAUGUGCAUCUCCAGCAACAACAGCAAAAACUUGGUGAUAAGGUAAAUGCUCUUAAAGUUGAUGAGCAAUGGAGUGUGCAGAUACCCAAUGAGUCAUUGGGACUAGGCAAUAGAGAUGACAAACCAGAUGGAAAAUGUUGUGGGAUCAUACGAGAAAAGACUGCGAUUAAUACUAAAGUUAACUUGGUUACUAAUAAGAUGCUUAACUUUGAUCUCCAGGAAGCCUUGCAUGAAGAAGUUACAAGUCCAAUGAAGGGUUUAUCUCGUGGGAUGACUAGCAGGAUGCUGUCCCUAGAAGCAUUGGUCAUCCAGAAGAUGGCUUCUGCACUAGAGCAUCCCAGCAAACAGCUCCUAGAGGGGAUUUCAGAGUUGCAAUCCCAGGCCAAGGCCCUUAGAGAGGCUUAUGAUGGGAGCUCUGAGGGGCCAGUCACAAGGAAUUACUCACAGUUGUUUUCAUACUAUCAGGAGUUGGGUGAGGCAGGGUGCUCACUGGAUGAGUGGGAGAUCUAUAGCAUGUGUAUGAAAGCAGAACUAGCAUACCUCACAUACACAAACCACAUACACAACCCAGAGAAAGAGAAUGGGUCACAGACAUUUAAUGUCCCAUUCUGUCUUUGGUCUGAGGUUACACCACUUGAUACCAAAGAAGAAACUAAUUCCAAAAAAGGACUCCGGCUAUGUGAUGUCAGCCUGCCUGAACUGGUACCAUGUAGGGAACAGAUGCAAGGUGAGAAGGUGGGGUACUGCCCAGGAGACAUGGACAAAGAGAGUCUAGUGGAAGAGCUGCAGGCACAGGCUCGUUCCCUGCAGACCCUCUCUGAGCAGCUGCAUCCUUUGGAUCAAGGUUUGGAUGCAGGUGUACUGUCUGAGCUUUCUCCAGUCCUCCUGCGGACUGUGUUGUUCCAGGCCAUUCUGGCAUACAUGUCAAGCCGACUACAUGUGGCUCUGCAGCGGCAAGUGCGUCUCUUGCAAGAUCAGUGGGAGCAGGCUAUGUGCCAGUGCCACAGACUGGAGGGCCUGUUGCAAGAACAGGCUGAGCGCUAUGAGGAAAAGCUGCGUGAGGAUCGCGUGGUCAUAGAGGUGGCCGAGCUGGCACGCGUCUCAGCUGAGACAGCUGCGCAGAUAAAGGGACAAGAAGUUCAGCGACUGGAAGCAGAGUUUGAGAAAAAGCUCCAGGAGCUUCAGCAAAUCCAUGAGGAAGAGAUGACUCGUUUCCAUGAGUGUUGUAUCCAGAGCCAGUCACAGACUGUGACCCCCACAGAAUCCAGUAAUGGAGAUAGCAAACUUUCUAUGAAGGAAAGAAUCAGUGAGCUGGAGCUGCAGAUUAGAUGCUUGGAAGAGGAGAUUCGCAGAGGAGAUGCAAACGCCUUGAGACAGGCCUAUGAACAGGAGCUGGAGACACUGAAGGUUACCUGUGAACUUGGCUUCGGCAGCAUGGAGCAGAGUCAUCAGAGGGUGAUUGAGGAGAUGCAGCGGCAACACCAGAUAGAGGUGGAACAGCUGCUGGAAGAGAAAGAGAGAGUACUCCAAGAAGAAACCAAUGCCACAAUUGCAGCCAUUGAAGCCAUGCGCAAAGCUCAUAAGGAGGAGCUGGAGAAAAGUCAAAAAGCUCAGCAGAAUGGAGCCAGCACAGACAUCAACAAGCUGCGUGCCCAGUUUAAAGAUGAGCUGGAUUCACUACACAGGGAACUGGAGGUAUUAUCUGAGCAGUACUCUCAGAAAUGCCUGGAGAAUGCACACCUGAGUCGAGCCAUAGAGACAGAAAGACAAGCCCUGAUCUCUGUAGAGAGAGACAACCAGGAACUCCACACACGCAAUCAAGAGCUGAAUAAGCACUUGGUGGCUGAACUCUCCCUAAUGCAGUCUUGUGUGAAUGGAGGAGUGGACCAGUCAGAGCUGUCUCAGGGCAAAGAUGUGAUUCAGCUGGAGGUGGCGUUAAGAGUGAAGGAGUCAGAAAUUCAAUGUCUGAAGCAAGAGAUCAGCUCACUAAAGGAGGAGCUACAAGCUGCAAACAGACGUUGUAAGAAGCUGCUGAAUGAGUUGAGUGUUUCAGGUGUCAAAUGUCAAAGUGCCUGUGUUAAGCACAGUGCCGAGACUUACAGACAACGGAGCCAAAGUUAUGAUGUGAUAAAGUCAAAAAGUAAUCCUGACUUCCUGAAGAACCGUAUUAAACCAAACCAACCAACCAGAUCCAAGAGUCUGAAGGAACGUCUCUCUGUCCAGGAGAGAAUGAAGCUUUUUGAAUCGGGCAGCAAAUAGAAAGAUCUGAUUGUGUCCCUGUAUGUGUGCACUUUUCACAAUUUUUGUGUGUUGUAUAUGAGCUUAAUUUAAUUUUUAAUAUUUGUACAUAAAGGUAAUGGGUUUAUUUUUUAAAAUUUGUUAUUGUAUAUUGUGAUGCUGAGAUCUUUCUUUGGUCUGUCCCUUCUUUCCCUGGUCUGUUUUGUCAAAUAUUUGCUAUAAUUUAUUUUUAUAGCAUUUUUAGUUCAUUGGAAAUUUAA